UGCUCAGGGACGUGUCUCAACAGAUGGUUGGGGUUAAAGAGUGUUAUCACAUCGUAGAGAGGAUUAGAGCCGAGAGGUUGUCCUCUUCUUCUUCUCCUUCUUCCAGAGGAGCUGAGCUGUGUGGUCCACCUCUCCUCUCCACUUCUCUACCACCAAGACCAGAACUCUGCAUGAGAACAAGAAGAGAAGAGGAGACGGGGAGAAAACAAGAGAUCCUUAUCCUUCUUUCUCACACUCUCACUCCGGCACUCUGCUCUCUUGCCUUCCAGACUCCUCCUCAGAAGUGAGAGCUCCAGUGGGUUUCCUCCCUCCGCCAUGCUGCUGGUGUGUGUGUCCUGGCUGGGCCUGCUGUCCCUGGGUUGGGACCAGGGCUGUUCAGCAUUCAGCACCACCAGAGCCCAGGGAGGCCUGAGGGGACGCAUCCAGAGGGACCGCAGGAACAUUAGGCCCAACAUCAUCCUCAUCAUAACUGACGAUCAGGACACGGAGCUUGGCUCUCUUCAGGUGAUGAAUAAGACUCGUAAGAUAAUGGAAGAUGGAGGCACCUCGUUCACCAAUGCCUUUGUGAGCACACCCAUGUGCUGUCCGUCGCGCUCGUCCAUGCUGACUGGGAAGUACGUUCACAACCACAACACCUACACCAACAACGAGAACUGUUCCUCGCCGUCCUGGCAGGCCCAGCAUGAACCACGCUCCUUCGCCGUCUACCUCAACAAUACAGGAUACAGGACAGCGUUCUUUGGGAAGUACCUGAACGAGUACAACGGCAGCUACAUCCCUCCUGGGUGGCGGGAGUGGGUGGGGCUGAUCAAAAAUUCCAGAUUUUAUAAUUACACCGUCUGUCGGAACGGUUACAAGGAGAAGCACGGUGCAGAAUAUGCCAAGGACUAUUUCACGGACCUUAUCACCAACGACAGCAUCAACUUCUUCCGGAUGUCCAAGAAGGUUUACCCUCACCGGCCAGUGAUGAUGGUCCUCAGCCACGCUGCCCCCCAUGGCCCAGAGGACUCAGCCCCACAGUACGCAGAGAUGUUCCCCAACGCAUCACAACACAUCACCCCCAGUUAUAACUACGCCCCCAACAUGGAUAAACACUGGAUCAUGCAGUACACCGGCCCCAUGAGGCCCAUCCACAUGGAAUUCACUAACUUCCUGCACAGGAAGAGACUACAGACGCUCAUGUCAGUGGACGACUCUGUUCAGAAGGUAUAUGAGAUGUUGGUAGAGAGUGGAGAGCUGGACAACACCUAUGUAAUCUAUACUGCUGACCAUGGCUAUCACAUCGGUCAGUUCGGACUGGUAAAGGGGAAGUCAAUGCCCUAUGACUUUGACAUCCGAGUACCCUUCUUCCUCAGAGGGCCCAACGUCGAGCCUGGAGCAGUGAACACUCAACUGGUGUUGAACAUUGACCUGGCUCCCACUAUCCUACACAUCGCUGGGCUGGACACUCCUCCAGACAUGGAUGGGAAGUCCAUCCUCCAACUACUGGAGCAUGAGAAAACUGGCAACAGAUUCAAACCCAAUCGGAAACCCAAAGUCUGGAGGGACACAUUCCUAGUGGAGAGAGGUAAACUCCUGAGGCAGAAGGAGGAUGGUGGAGGCAGUCCAACCACCCCUCACACCAACAGCCUGCCCAAGUACAAGAAGGUCAAAGAGGUGUGUCAACAGGCAGAGUUCCAGACGCCCUGCCAACAGCCUGGGCAGAAGUGGCAUUGCGUGGAGGAGAUCACAGGGAAGUGGCGUAUCCAGAAGUGUAAGGGAGGUGGUCUGAAGGAAGGCCCCAGGAAGAGGGCCCGGAGCCUGAGGUCCCGCAGCAGCUACGACAGCCGGCAGAGGGACCCUUGCAACUGUGGCCCUGACAGCAGCCUCGACAAACCCUCCAGGUCCGACCGCCCGGGGCGCUCACACCGCCAGUUCCCACCUUCCUCUGGAGGACGAGGCUACAGGCCUCGUUUCGUCCACACAAGAUCCACCAGAUCUCUGUCCGUGGAGUUUGAAGGGCAGAUCUAUGACAUUGACCUUGCGGCAGAUGACCAGUCGGCGGUCAGGAGACGUGUCAUCAGAAAGCGCCACUAUGAGCAGGAGGACCAGGAGAUGGCUCUGGAGUCAGAAGACGGGUCAGAGGAGAUGCUGGCGGACGAUACCAACACCGUGGGGUACCCCAACUCUGUCAAAGUCACACACAAGUGCUACAUCCUGAUGAAUGACACCGUCCACUGUGAGAGAGAGAUCUACUCUUCAUCCAGAGCCUGGAAGGACCAUAAGAGCUACGUGGACCAGGAGAUAGAGGCCCUGCAGGACAAGAUCAAGAACCUGCGAGAGGUCAGAGGUCACCUGAAGAGGAGACGACCUGACGGGUGUGACUGUGGUAAGAACAGCUACUAUAGCAAAGGAGAGAGAAACAGAGAGAAGGCAGAGAGGUUGAAGAACAAGAAUGAUCAGCUCCAUCCCUUUAAGGAGGUUGCCCAGGAAGUGGAUGGGAAGACCCAGCUUUUGAACGAGAUCAGGAGGAAGAAGAAGGAGAGGAAAGAGAGGAAGAGGCAGAAGAAGGGGGAUGACUGUAGUCUACCUGGUCUGACAUGUUUCACUCACAGCAACGACCACUGGCAGACUGCCCCCUUUUGGAACCUUGGAGGGUUCUGUGCGUGCACCAGUUCCAACAACAACACCUACUGGUGUGUGAGAACCAUCAACGAGACACACAACACCCUGUUCUGUGAGUUUGCUACGGGCUUCCUCGAGUACUUUGACCUCAACAACGACCCCUACCAGCUGACCAACGCGGUGUACUCGGUGGACAGAGAGGUGUUGAACGCCCUCCAUGCUCAGCUGAUGGAGAUGAGGAGUUGCCAGGGACACAAGCAGUGUAACCCCCGACCCAAAGGCCUGGACACAACAGCACUCAGCCAGUCUGGGACGGACGAGCGGGUUAAGCUGCCCAACCUGACGGAGGAGGAGGUGGACUGGCGAGGUCUGGAGGAGCUGUAUAGUAGUGUAAACCAGAGCCUGUACCAGCACAGGACUGACUACAGCCUCAGACAGGACGACUGGCACAUCUUCCAGAAGGAUGUAGAUAAUAUGUUUGCACUGAGACACGUUUUAGACUCGAAACUUCAAAACAACGACGACAACCAAACCCAUAAGCUUGACUUAAAGGAUGACCCGGCAUCGGCAACUUCCCUGGCAGAGCAGGGUUCCGGGUCUGGGGCUGGGGGGCUGGAGGAGGGCAGCGGAGGAGAAGGUACGCCUAGCCGGGACAUCUGGCCAGAACCGGUCUUCCUGAAUCGGGCCACAGAGGGAUUACCAGAGACCCCAUGCACUACCCAUCCUGCCCCUAGCACACCGCCACCACCACCUCCUCCAUUAACACCCACACACCCCACACCUCAGAGGUCAGAGGUUAAAGUUCAACUAGAAUCUGUGAAUGACCUCCCUGACGAGACUUAUCCAUUAGGCAGACCCCCCAGAGUGGUGUCUGGGAUGUCAGCAGGUCAGAGGAGAGGAGGGGUCAGAGGGGGGGAAGUGGUUGCCGGUGGUGAAGUGUGGUUGGCCCAUCAGCUGGAGGAGGACUGGCUAGAUGGCGAGGGGGAGGGGCUAGUUUUCAGUGGGAACGGGAACAACGGCCUGACUGAGAUGGAGACGCGGCACGACGACCUGCUCCGCACCCACAACAGCCUGGAGAUGGGGCUGGGACUGGGGUCUUACCCAGGCCAGGCCCAGACCCAACAGGGCAGUCUCAUCCAGGGACUGGAGCUGAGACUAGACAAGGAGGAGGAAGAGGACAUAUUCCAAGGCCAGGGCUACCUCCCCCUCUCCCCACAGACACUGAGGCCCAGAGUACAGGCCUCCACCACCACCACCACUACCAGCACUAGGAGCCCGCCUCAGACUCAGACUGGCGCCCCACAGGGGACUGGGGUGGUAGUGCAUAACCCCCAGCUCCAACAGGCACAUCUACAGAUAGAGGUACAGGUCGAGUCCCAUGCCCAGCUCCAGGCCCUGGACUAUGAGGGUAGUGGGUCUCCCGCCCUGCCCUCUUCCAACCACACCCAGUGAGACACAUACAGACAAACGCACGUGCUGGCCUGACAUUGGGCGGCCCAGCCGGUCACCAUAGAGACACAGAGAGACACAGAAACUGGGGGACAUGGAGAGCCAAGAAGGCCAAUGAUGAUGCCACCACCUGUCAGUCUGACUUAGAGCUGUAUUAUUCAUGAGUAUUAAAGUUAUUAUUAUUGUUGAUUUUUUUUA